GCCGCGGACAUUCGCGCGCCGCUACGACUGGAGGAGACCGGCGAGCGCAGGGGCAGAAACCCGAUUCGACCUCUGGUUAGAGCGGGCUAACCCUGCGGGACGUGCCGCGGAUUAUCAGCGAGAAAACCAGAGAAAGUGAUUUCACAGACAAGAUGCUUGAAUUUGAAGAAGAUUGUUUGCUCCCCUUGGAAUCUUUGUUUUUUGAAAAACCUGAAGGAAACAAGAAACUUGUCAACAAAGAAACAACAAAUUGGCAGAUAGCACCUCCUCCACCAAUUUCUGAAAUACCAACUGCACAGGAAUUGCAGAGAGAGCUAGAAAGGCUGUCAUCAGGCAUCAAGCAAUCAAAGAAAUUUGUGCCACCUUUAAAGAAGAAUAUGGAAAGUGAUUGUCAGUCGCAAAUGGUUUUUGAUUCCCAAUAUAUGCAUACCCCAAUCAAACGAAAAACAUUUGAAAUAGGGUUAAAUAAUUCCCUGAAAGAUCAAUCUCAGUUUAGAUUCAGAAAUGACAAUUCUAUUCCUUCAACGAUCCUGUUAAAUGACAACAGUAAAGGUCACAGCAGACAUCAGAAUGAAGAGACAUUUGAUAAUUUGAAUUGUCUUAGUACUUCACAUCAUAACCCUGUGGAGAAAGAUGAAAGUGAGAAGUCUUUGUUCAGAAAAAGAUUAUUUAAACUGCCAACACCAACCAAAGCAGCAAUUGAUAACUGUCCAGCUUUUCUUGAGAAGUCCCUGUUACAUGAUGAAGAACAUGAACUUAUAAGCUUUACUGAAAAACACAGUGAAUGUAGUGUAACAAAUGACAUCAGACAAAAACAGCAGAAUGGCACUCAGUGUGUGAUAAAAGCACAUGUACUUCCUAUGAUGCCACAUUCAUUUAAUGUAAAAGAUGUAACAGGCAAGAGUUCAGGAACUUUGAGAGCAGUUACUGAAAUUCCGGUACAAUUUAGAAGCAUUUUCAAAGAAUUUCCUUACUUCAACUAUAUACAGUCCAGAGUGCUAGAUGAUCUUCUUUAUGGUGAAAAGAAUUUUGUGAUUUGUUCCCCAACUGGUUCUGGAAAGACUGUGAUAUUUGAAUUAGCAAUCGUCAGAAUACUGAUGGAAGUUCCAAAACCGUGGUCCAAUGUAAAAAUUGUAUACAUGGCUCCAAUCAAAGCUUUGUGCAACCAGCGAUAUGAAGAUUGGAAAGAAAAGUUUGGAUCUAUUGGAUUAAUGUGCAAAGAACUUACUGGAGAUACAGAAAUGGAUGAUUAUUUUGAGAUCCAAGAUGCACAUAUUAUCUUAACUACUCCUGAAAAAUGGGACAAUAUGACAAGAAAAUGGAGAGACAAUUCAUUAGUACAGCUGGUACGGCUUUUCCUAAUUGAUGAGGCACAUGUUGUGAAAGAUGAAAGUCGUGGUGCAACCCUUGAAGUUGUUGUCAGCAGAAUGAAAACAAUUCAGUCAAUUGUCUUGCGUUCAUCUGGUCAGCCUGCAGAUAAAGUACUGAGAUUUGUUGCAGUUUCAGCAACUAUUCCAAAUGUUGAAGAUAUUGCAGAAUGGUUAUCUGAUGGGAAGGGACCAGGAAUUUCCAUGAAGAUAGAUGAAAGCCAUCGACCUGUAAAGCUCCGCAAAGUUGUACUUGGAUUUCCUUGCUCGAAUAAUCAAACUGAAUUCAAAUUUGACCUGAGCCUGAAUUACAAAGUAGCUAGCGUUAUACAGACAUACUCUGAACAAAAACCAACUUUGGUGUUCUGUGCUACAAGGAAAGGCGUACAGCAGUCUGCAUCCAUACUUGCAAAAGAUGCCAGAUUUAUUAUGACCAUGGAGCAUAAGCAAAGACUGCAAAAAUAUACUAAUUCAAUCAAGGAUGCAAAGCUGAGAGAUCUGUUCACAUAUGGAGUUGGUUACCAUCAUGCUGGCAUGGAUCUAUCUGAUAGAAAAACUACUGAAGCUGCCUUCACUGCAGGAGAUUUACCAGUACUUUUUACUACCAGCACUUUAGCCAUGGGAGUGAACUUGCCAGCACAUUUAGUGGUCAUUAAAUCCACAAUGCAUUACGCAGGAGGGAUGUUUCAAGAAUACAGUGAAACUGAUAUACUUCAAAUGAUGGGCCGAGCUGGCCGACCUCAGUUUGAUACCAGUGCUACGGUAGUCAUAAUGACUAGAAAUCGAACAAAGGACAAGUACACACUGAUGUUAAAUGGAGCAUAUACUAUUGAAAGCAGUUUACACAAGCAUCUUGUUGAACAUUUGAAUGCAGAAAUAAUACUGAAUACCAUCACUGAUGUUAAUGUGGCCUUGGAGUGGAUACGCUCAACAUUUCUUUACAUAAGAGCUCUUAAAAAUCCAAAUCAUUAUGGUUUUGCUACUGGUCUUGACAGAGCUGGAAUUGAAGCAAAGUUGCAAGAACUAUGCCUGAAGAAUUUGCAAGCAUUGUCUUCUAUUGGAUUGUUAAGAAUGGAUGAAGAAAUCAAUUUCAAACCUACAGAAGCUGGAAAGUUAAUGGCCCGCUAUUCCAUUGCAUUUGAAACAAUGAAGCUCUUCUUCUUGGUCAGUGGAAAUGAAACUCUAUCUGAACUGGUCACAGUAAUAUCCCAAUGCAAGGAAUUUGCAGAUAUUCAACUAAGAAUUAAUGAAAAGAAGAUUCUUAAUACUUUCAAUAAAGACAAAAAUAGAAUCACGAUCAGGUUUCCUAUAGAAGGAAAGAUUAAAACAAAUGAAAUGAAAGUUAAUUGUCUAAUACAAGCCCAAUUAGGAUGCAUUCCAAUUCAAGAAUUUGCAUUAACUCAAGAUGUAGCAAAAAUAUUUAAGUGUGGUAUAAGAGUCACUAAAUGCCUUUCUGAAUUGCUCAUGCAAGAAGAAAAGAAGAACUUUUCAGCAUUGUUGAAUUCACUAAUUUUAGCCAAAUGUUUUAGGGCUAAGCUUUGGGAGAACUCUUCCUAUGUAUCAAGACAACUUGAAAAAAUUGGUGCUACUUUGUCCUGUGCCAUGGUAAAUGCAGGCCUCUCUACAUUUCAGAAGAUAGAAGAUACAAAUGCAAGGGAGUUAGAAUUGAUUGUGAAUAGACACCCUCCUUUUGGAAACCAGAUACGAGAAUCUGUUAUUCACCUUCCAAAAUAUGAACUAAGUGUUGAACAGCUUGCAAAAUACCAUGAUUCAGCCGCAGAAAUCGUUGUGACCAUUACCUUAACAAAUUAUCAGCAACUACAGAAAAAAAGAACAGUAUCUGAUAAUCACUAUACCUCCCUCAUCAUAGGAGAUACAGACAACCAAGUUAUUUACAAGCAGAAAAUCAUGGAUUUAGUGCUACUUAAAAAUGGAAGUUGGUCAAAAAAAAUUGAAGUUAAAAGACCUCUUAAGGGUGAAGAACUAAGUAUUAAUCUUAUCAGUUCAGACUAUGUUGGAUUGGAUAUUCAGCAAAAGUAUACAGUUUUUUAUUCAGGACCAAGGAAGUUCGGAACACAUAUUAUUCAUGGUAAAUCAGAUAGACAAAACUCUCAGUUAGCAAAACGAAAUGGCACAGAAAAUUCAUCAGCAGUUUACUCUAACCAUGUGAUUAAAGGAUUUUCCAGUGAUGUCAGUUGCACAGCACCACGAAAAAGACACUGUAAUCAUUACUGCAAGAAUAAAGAUAAAUGUGGUCAUGAAUGUUGUAAGUUUGGUGUAUCAGUCAUGCAGACUGAUAUUACAAGAGAAGCAACAACAAAACUUUCUUCCUAUCUCGGUGACCUUAAAAGUAGAAGUGAGACUUCCUCAGCCCCGUCAGUUAAGCGGCUGAAGGUAGAGAUGCUAAAUGAAUUGGGAUCAGUAAAUCUUCAGCAGUUUGCAUAUGUGCCAAAACGUCCAUUGUCAACAAUACCAAGGUACUAUGAAACAAGGCUUGCUCCAACAGCUCAAGCACAAAACUGGGAUCAACUAGACAUCUGUAAAAGAAGUUAUCAACAACUGCAAACACAUGGUGAUGAAGGAAAAUAUUCCUUGAUUUCAUCAAAACCCAGUUCAGCUGCGAUUGUGCCACACCAAAAUAAGCUCAGGACUUUCAAUUACAACUCUACCAAUGCAAAUGACAGUGGGUACUGGUCAUCAGAAGGUAUAAAUGUGACUUUUGACCUAGGAGAUGAUUUAUGGAGUGACUUUGAUGAUGAGAAGCUGGUACAAGCUAGCAAUUUGGUCAGUUCAGAAGAAACCAAUAUUAAUUACCAAAAAGAUUCUUCCUUUAGUACAUACGCAGAUUUUACAGAAUACAUCCAGCUCCAGAACCAAACAAUAAACAGUAAACAAAACAGGCAUGGAUACCUACAAACAAUGGAAAAACCUUGCUAUUUAUCUAUUAACUCAACAGUUCAAGAAACAUCUAAAAUCGUUGAAACAAUAGACCAGACAAUUCUUGACCAGGGUUUAGAGGAAAAUACAAGUUCUGCAUCUUCCAAGGCAAAUGCAGUGAAGUGCUCCAAAAAUAGUAGGCCCUUGGACUGUUUUCAUCAGAUUAAUACAACUACUGCAUCAGAACCCAGAUAUGCUGCAGAAGAAGAAUAUGAUGCUCUGCUUAGCAUUUUUGAUGGCAUAUUUUAG